AAAUGGCUGAAAUAUUAAGAAGAUUGUGUCACGGAUACGUAUUUUUGUUUGAUGAAUUAGCAGAUUCCAGAACAAAAUCGUUGUUUCUGGUAGCAAAGCCGCAUCAAGGGAUAACAUUGCUCGCUCUCUACCUAAUGUUCGUAUUUAAAUGGGGGCCGAGAUGGAUGAAGAACAAACCACCUUUCCAUUUGCGUAAAAUCCUCAUGACUUACAAUGUAGCACAAGUGUUAGCUUGUGCGUUUAUUUUUAUUAUUGGAAUUAGAGUAACAUGGGGCCGGAAGUACAGAUGGGUGUGCGAGCCUGUCGACUUUUCUGACAACGAGGAAGCGCUGCAAAUAGCUCGUCUUUUUUACUUCUAUUAUUUACUUAAAAUCGUCGACCUCGCUGACACAAUAUUUUUUGUUUUAAGAAAGAAAUUCAACCAAGUUACGUUUCUACAUGUCUACCACCACACCGGAAUGGUCGCAUUGAUUUGGGGCGCAACUACGUAUUUUCCUGGAGGACAUCCCGCUUUAAUUGGUAUUGUAAACAGUUUUGUACAUGUAAUUAUGUACACUUACUACUUCUUGACUGUGGCGGUCCCCAGUGUGAAGCAAGUUUCAGGCUGGAAAAAGCAUAUAACGCAACUGCAAAUUCUCCAGUUCUUGGUGACAAUAAUUCACAUGAGUACAAUAGUCUUCAAAACGGACUGCGCGUUUCCGAGAUGGACGGCAGCAUUAUUUUUGCCACAAAACAUCUUCAUGCUUAUAUUAUUUUUGGACUUUUAUAUAAAAACUUACAUAAAAAAACAAACAGCUGUUGUAAAGCCACGUGUUUUAGACGGAAAUGGUGGUACAGAGAGAGAAACUGUAGACAAAUUAGAUAAAAUAAAUAAUGACGCCAUGUUUGAAACAUCUAUGAAAAACCGAAGCUGGCGUACCAAAGAUAUUUCAAGGACAUGACACCUAUCAUAAAGAAAGUUAUUUUUUUU